AAGGAAGAUGAGUGAGUCGAGCUCGAAGUCCAGUCAGCCCUUGGCCUCCAAGCAGGAAAAGGACUGUACUGAGAAGCGAGGCCGGGGCAGGCCAUGUAAGCAGCCUCGGAAGGAACGCAGUGAAGUGCCAACACCUAAGAGACCUCGCGGCCGACCAAAGGGAAACAAAAACAAGGGUGCUGCCAAGACCCGGAAAACCACCACAGCUCCAGGAAGGGAACCAAGGGGCAGACCCAAAAAACGGGAGAAGGAGGAAGAAGAGGGCAUCUCCCAGGAGUCCUCAGAGGAGGAGCAGUGACCGCACAGUGCCGACCGCUCCCUGGC